UCGAUAUACUCAGAAAAGGAAUUCAAAAAUCUAAAACUGGUUAAUCAGAAUGUAAUAGUGAGAUGAUCUUUAUUAUCUCAGUCCGUAAUAUCUCAGUGGAUAAGAGCACAGCAUGGCAUGCCGUAGGCCCUAGGUUCGGAUCCUAGACGGAUCGAAUGAUUUUUUUCAAAUUUUUUUUGCACAAUUCAGAUGCACUACUAAUGUAGUUUAACUUCUAGAGCAUUUUUCAGAACGCUUUACAAAACAGGCCUGUCAUAAGAAAGUGAUAAGAAGUUCAUAAGAGCUCUUAUCACUUUCUUAUGAAAUUCUUAUGACAUUCUUAUCAGAUUCUUAUAAGACCCNCAAACUCCAUUCACUUUCCUGCGUAAUCUUAUAUAAGAAUUUGAUAAGAAUCAGGUAAGAUUCUUACGUGAAUCUUAUUGGGUACUUAUAAGUUUUUUAUAAGAUUCUUAACUGAUGCUUAUAUAAGAAUCGACGCCUAGGGCAAUUCGGUAAAAUGUAUAUUAGAAGGAACUCUCAGUUUCUUUACCUUCUCGAUAUACUCGUAAGUCCUUGGGUGUGACUAUUUUUUGAAUAACUCGAGAACAGAAAGAGAGAUUUGCAGUUUUCAGUAAGCGAAAGAGGACAGUUUAGCUCAUACUUUCACUAGAUUUUAUUCUGUAGGGGACAUUAUAGAUAAUUUCUUCUACUACAAAACAACAAGUAAAUGCCUGAAAAAGCCAUAUGAACUUGUUUCUUUACAUUCUUGAUGCAUAAUCAAUGGCUUCUAUUUUGUAAUAUUUAGGGUUUUUAUACAAAUUGCGGAAAUCUGCAAGUGCAUAAUAAAAGCCCAUUUAUUUUAAUAAUCAAAGAAUGACCGGAUAAGUACGAAUACAUAUGAAUGCGUAGGUAUGAAUCUGAGUUUGAAGUCAAGGGUCUAUCUAUUGUCCGUGGGUGUGGCUAUUUUUUGAAUAACUCGAGAACAAUAAGAGAUAGAGAUCUGCGAUUUUCAGUAAUCGAAAGAGGGCAGUUUAGCCUAUACUUCAGAAGCAAAGGCAUUUUUGAGAAAAUUUAUGAAGCCUAACAAUAGGAAGGUUUAACAUUGAUUUUCAGAGGCCCGCUGGAAAACCAGUUUCUAAGUCAAAAGUUUUACAUAGCAGUCUGUGCAUUUUGCUGCAAAGACAGACAGUCUAAAGUAGCCUCUACAAAGUUUCAUUUUACUUGACUUUCGGGACGUCAGACGUUUUUCUCGAAGCACUGAGUGUCCUCUAUUCUUCGGUCUGAGACUUUAAAAAAUGCAUGAAUGCAUAGUUUGUCGACUCUCACCCUCGACCACACUGAAUCGCAUGGGAAUAGUAGCUUUCAGACCAAAACGCAAGAACCGAUUGAAAAUAUGUACUAGGUGAAACAACUCAUUUUUGGUAUUUUUGUCAAAAUUAAAAAAUUCUUAACCCGGUCAAAACUCAUUCCAGCUACGUCAGAAUAUCAAGAUAUACUCUGUUUUAUCCGCUCCCUCUGAUUGUGUAGUUAAGAUCGAUAAAAAAUAUUCUCUCUGUUCUAAAGAUUUCGGGGAAAUCCUUUUGAAAAACCGGAGUACUUUUUGUUGAUUGUCAAAACAUUUAUUGACCUUUACGGUAUAAUGCAGAUUAAAAAUACUAUAUCGUGAUAUUCUGACGUAGGUUGGAUGGAGUUUGGUCGAGUUACGACGUUUUAAUUUUUGAUGAAAAUAAUCAAAAAUCUCUAGUACUUAUUAAAAUUAAUGGAGCGUCUGCAUACUAUGUGCAUCUGGAUCACCAGAAUCCUCAAAUUGGUCAAAUUCGUCCAAAACUGGACUAAAUAGUCAAACUAGUGUAAAUGAUCUAAAUAGUCUAAAUAGCAAUUUCUAAAUACGAAUAGUCUAGAUACCGCUAUUUCAAUAUAGUACUAGUUCACUAUUCGUGAUUUCGCUAUACCGAUAAUAUACACAGGUUUUUUUUCUACAAAUUAAUUUUUUUAUAAAACGAUUUUGCCACAAGAUCAAAUUCCCCAUAAUAAGCGGUUUUGGUUAUGAUCCAACCGAAACCGGUGCAUGCCUAAUUAGUAAAAAGGCGUUUCUAUAGUCUAAAAAGUAAAUUCUAUUUGAUCACAAUCAAAAACUUUCAUUAUGAGGGUGAGAGUGAAGUCGCCACUGUUGUUGUUGUUUUUUCGUUUUGUUUUCGCAAUGUGUAUUGUGAACAUAUACCUCAAUUUUUUCCAGUAUUCUUAUAGAAAAACAACAACAGUCUCAUGCACGAUAAAUCGAUCAAAAAAAGAUCGAUCUACUGGACCGGGUCAUUCAUCUCAUCGUCGAACAUCAGCAUCAACAGAUCGGUCUAUUAGACCAGAUCAUUCAGCUCAAUCAGAAGCAUUUGAUCCUCGUCCAAGGUCAAGAGCAACAGAUCGAUCAUUCAGAUCUGAUCAUUUCCAUCCAUCAACAAAUCCCGGUGAAGGAACAAGAACAGUGACUGGUAGUCAUCGUGAACAGUACAAGUAUCAUCACAAAUCCCGGUGA